UUUUUCUUUUCUUUUCCGAGUCUCAAGCGACUAUUUUCCACUGUUUACGUUCUUACACUUCUCUGUGCUUGCCACGUGUCCUCCCUCACCUCCUCUUCUUCUUAGUGAUCCUAAUUCUUCUCAUAUUCUCAACACUUAUUUUUUCUCUCCAAGUUGUUCUCAUUGCACAUACUGUUCAUUUCCUGCAGCUUGUGAAGAGUGCACCAUGAUGCCAUUGGUUUGAUUUUUCUGUGUUGGUGUAGCAUUUGUCAUUGAUUUUGUGUUACAACAAUUGGUUACAUCCUUGCUUAUUUAAUGAUCUUGUGGAUGCAUGUGCAACUUGUUGAACUGAAUCAAUAAAUGCUAAGGAUAUUUCUCUGUGUACCAAUAUCAAGCAACAAGAGUGCUGCUGAGGAAUAUUGCAGUGAAACUGAAAAGCAAGAGAUCAUUUUUUCGCAUCACAAAAGACAAAAAAGAACAUCCUGAAAGGUUGUUUUAGCUUCAUUGGGGUUUGAAGGGAAAAAUGUCGUUUAAGAGAUCAAAAUCAGUGACUGAAAGAACUCUAUCUACUGAAGAGGAGCAGAUGAAGGUUCUAGAAGUCAAAAAGAUGAUUGGUCCAAUUGCUGAGAAGUGCUCAGUUCUGUGCUCGGAUGCAUCAAUUCUAAGAUACCUUAGAGCGCGCAGUUAUAAUACUAAGAAGACUGCAAAGAUGUUGAUAGGCACCAUAAAAUGGAGGCUGGAGUUCAAGCCUGAGAAUAUUCAAUGGGGUGAUAUUGCUCAAGAAGCUGAGAGAGGAAGGCUGUAUAAAGCUGAUUACUUGGACAAGCAAGGAAGGAUUGUUUUUGUUAUUAGACCUGGUAUUCAGAGUACAAACACUCCAAUUGCGCAAAUCAAGUAUCUAAUUUACUGUUUGGAGAAUGCCAUAUGGAAUCUAGGUUCCAAUCAAGAGCAGAUGGUUUGGCUCAUUGAUUUUCAAGGGUGGAACACAGCAUGCUUGUCUAUGAAGGUUGCACGAGACACUGCACAAAUCCUGCAGGCUCAUUACCCGGAGAGGUUGGGCAUUGCAAUUUUUUACAAUCCACCAAAAGUGUUUGAGUCAUUUUGGACGAUGGUGAAACCAUUUCUAGAACCCAAGACUCACAAAAAGGUGAUAUUUGUUUACCCUCAUAACCCAAGAAGCUGCGCGGUGAUGGAAGAACACCUUGACAUGGACAAGGUGGAAUCCUAUUUUGGUGGGAAAAAUUCAGUUGGAUUCAACUAUGAAGCUUAUGCUCGGAAAAUGAAAGCAGAUGAGAGUACCAUGUCUCGUGUAUUUGAUUCAUGUUGUUCAUCGUCGCCCGGACUUUUAGACUCAAAAUCUCUCGAACCAGUGCAGUCACUUAACAGUGCUUCUGUGGAUGAAGCAGCAUCUAGGGAGAAAGCAAUUUGUUCAAACUUGGAAGAUGCUGAUGGUAGUACAAAUGGAAAGAUAACGUGCUCCCAGUAUGAAUCCAAUAAGGUCAAUGAACCAAACAAGAUAUAAAGGGCUGAAUCAGAAGAAAAGUAGGCAUAGGCAAGGUGGAUUAUAUUACUCAUUCAAACUACACAAACACUGAACUUCAAUCAGUAUGCAUUAUAGGUUUGAAAGUGUCAUCUGAACCAUUACUUUCUCAACCAAAGCCACUUGUGGUCCAGACCAGCACGGAUCCAAAUCUCACUCAAAAAGAUAAAAGUUUGAGUUGGCUCAUGUGGCAUUAGAAUGUCAGAAAAAUUCAAGAAAUAGAAAUUUCAGAUUUCUUUCAUGUUACUUUUUCCCUCUCCCUAAGUUUCUCUAUCUUUCUGUGUGUUGUGGUGGGGUUCUGAUAGGGUGUGUUUCAGUGAUUGUGAUUGCUAUUUGUUCAAUGUCAAGCUAUGAUGAGAAACACCUACCACCCUUUCAUGUACUAAGUAAGGUACAACCCAAGACCUAAUUCACAAAAAGUGGAUUUUCCUUUAAACAAAAAUUUUGUAGAGAUGAAGCAUUUUCCAUAUUAAUGUAUUUGUUCGUUCGUGAUGGGGUGUCAUGGAGCUGGAGUUGCAUCAUCAAAUCAGCAUUUUAAACCAGGCUAGUAGUGGUUGUGACUUUACAGAAAGGAAAGCACAUGACUCUUUCAG